AAGUUCUGAACUUCCGACGCAUCUGGGCCUCCCCAGAAGGCAUUUAACACAGAAAGCACAGCCCUGCUAACUAGGAUUCUUACCUGUCUCUUUAAGAAUUUCAGACCAAUCGACCGUCCUGUCUCUUUAAGGCUUAGGAAGAGCAGUGUGGCUGCCCCUUUAAGGAGGCGUUGCAACAAACCAUAUUGGACAGACGAUGGGGGCGACGCAUCGGGACCCGACGGGCCUCUGCCUCCAGCAAAACAGCGAAUCAGCGGCUUUCGGGAAUACAUUUUUCGGAAAAAGACUUCUUCCUCGGUUUUCUGCUCUGCACAUGUUGAAAUUUCCCCCAGUUUUUCCUGCAGAACGAGAGUCGAGCGAUGCCUACCCCCGCGCUCCUGCACCAGUUGGGCGCUCCCGGAUGAGGCCCUACCCCUUUGGAUCCACGUGGUCUGCAACCUGGUGCGAGCAGCCCGGGCUACCGGGUUGCCUGUGGUGUGGGUCCCGGGAUGGAGGAGCCUCAGGCCGGCGAUGCUGCUCGGUUCUCUUGUCCCCCCAAUUUUACCGCGAAGCCCCAAGCCUCAGAGUCCCCUCGUUUCUCCUUGGAGGCGCUGACGGGUCCAGAUACGGAGCUGUGGCUUAUUCAGGCCCCUGCAGACUUUGCCCCAGACUGCUUCAAUGGGCGGCAUGUGCCUCUCUCUGGCUCCCAGAUUGUCAAGGGCAAGUUGGCAGGCAAGCGGCACCGCUAUCGAGUCCUCAGCAGCUGUCCCCAGGCUGGAGAAGCGACCCUGCUGGCCCCCUCAACGGAGGCAGGAGGUGGAUUCACCUGUGCCUCAGCCCCCCAGGGCACCCUGAGGAUCCUUGAGAGUCCCCAGCAAUCCCUGUCAGGGAGCCCUCUGCAGCCCAUCCCAGCAAGUCCCCCACCACAGAUCCCUCCUGGCCUGAGGCCUCGGUUCUGUGCCUUUGGGGGCAACCCACCAGUCACAGGGCCUAGGUCAGCCUUGGCCCCCAACCUGCUCACCUCAGGGAAGAAGAAAAAGGAGAUGCAGGUGACGGAGGCCCCAGUCACUCAGGAGGCAGUGAAUGGGCACGGGGCCCUGGAGGUGGACAUGGCUUUGGGGUCCCCAGAAAUGGAUGUGCGGAAGAAGAAGAAGAAAAAAAAUCAGCAGCUGAAAGAAGCAGAGGCGGCAGGACCUGUGGGGACAGAGCCCACAGUGGAGACACUGGAGCCUCUGGGAGUGCUGUUCCCAUCCACCACCAAGAAGAGGAAGAAGCCCAAAGGGACAGAAACCUUCGAGCCAGAAGACAAGACAGUGAAGCAGGAACAGAUUAACACUGAGCCUCUAGAAGACACAGUCCUGUCCCGGACCAAAAAGAGAAAGAGGCAAAAGGGGACGGAAGGGAUGGAGCCAGAGGAGGGAGUGACAGUUGAGUCUCAGCCACAGGUGAAGGUGGAGCCACUGGAUGAAGCCAUCCCUCUGCCCUCUACAAAGAAGAGGAAAAAAGAAAAGGGACAGAUUGCAAUGAUGGAGCCAGGGACGGAGGCGAUGGAGCCAGUGGAGCCAGAGAUGAAGCCUCUGGAGUUCCCAGGGGGGAUGAUGGAGCCUCAACAGCCAGAAGGAGCGGAGCCUCAGGCCCAGGCAGCUCUGGCAGCUCCCAAAAAGAAGAGGAAGAAAGAAAAACAGCAAAAUGCCACAGUGGAGCCAGAGACAGAGGUGGUGGAGCCUGAGCUGUCGGAUGACCUUGAGCCUCAGGCAGCUCCCGCAUCCACCAAAAAGAAGAAGAAAGAGAGAGGUCACACAAUGACUGAGCUGAUUCAGCCACUACAGCUUGAACUGCCAGGGGAGGGACAGCCUGAGGCCAGGGCAACUCCGGGAUCCACCAAGAAGAGGAAGAAGCAGAGUCAGGAAAGCCGGAUGCCAGAGACAGUGCCCCAAGAGGAGAUGCCAGGGCCACCACUGAAUUCAGAGCCUGGGGAGGAGGCUCCCACAGGCCGGGACAAGAAGCGGAAGAAGCAGCAGCAGCAGCCUGUGUAGUCUGCCCCCGGGAAACUGAGGAACUAAAGAAAGCUGAAGGUGCCCACCUGGGCCACCAGAAGGUGACACCCCCAGAACCCCUCCCCAGAGACUGCACCAGCGCAGCCAGCCUGGCCUGGGAGGAUGCUUUAUUAUUACACCGGGGGUCUCCUUGGCAGCUGGGGUCAUCAGGGUACUUUCAGGAAGGGCUCGUGCAGGACAUCAAACAGCCUCCGGGCCUGGAUGGGAGGGAGAAAAAAAUGAGGAACCAGUCAUUAAAGGAGCUGUUUCCUGGGUAAAUCUAGAGUGGGGUUUUGGUUCUUUAUUUUCCCCUACACCCUCAAGCAUUUAUCCAUUGAGUUACAAACAAGCCAGUUACAAUCUUUUUAAGUUAUUAUUAUUAUUAAUUUUUUUUUUUUUGAGACGGAGACUCGCUCUGUCGCCCAAGCUGGAGUGCAGUGGCGCGAUCUCAGCUCAAUGCAGGCUCCACCUCCCGGGUUCCCACGCCAUUCUGCCUCAGCCUCCCGAGUAGCUGGGACUACAGGCCCCUCCCCAGCUAAUUUUUUUUUUUUUUUUUUUUUUAAGUAGAGAUGGGGUUUCACCAGGUUAGCCAGGAUGGUCUCAAUCUCCUGACCUCCUGAUCCGCCUGCCUCGGCCUCCCAGUGCUGGGAUUAUAGAUGUGAGCCACCGCGCCUGGCUAAGUUAUUAUUAUUUUUUUGAGACGGUCUCGUGAUGUCACCCAGGCUGGAGUGCAGUGGUUUGAUCUUGGCUCACUGCAACCUCCGCCUCCUGGGUUCCAGCAAUUCUCCUGCCUCAGCCUCCCGAGUAGCUGGGCCUACAGGUGCCCACCACCAUGCCCGGCUAAUUUUUGUAUUUUUAGUAGAGACGGGGUUUCACCAUAUUGGCCAGGCUGGUCUCGAACUCCUGACCUCGUGAUCCGCCUGCCUUGACCUCCCAAAGUGCUGGGAUAACAGGUGUGAGCCACCGCACACGGCCAAGUUAUUUUAAAAUGUACCAUUAUUAUUGACUAUAGUCACCUGGUUGUAUUAUCAAAUAGUAUGUCUUAUUCAUUCUUUCUCUUGUGUGUGUGUGUGGUACCCAUUAACCUUCCCCAUCUCCCUGCCAGCCCCUAACUACCCUCCCCAGCCUCCAUCUACUCUAUCUCCAUGAGUUUAAUUGUUUUGAUUUUUAGAUACACAAAUAAGUAAGAACAUGCGACGUU